CCUGCGUAUCGGGACGGUGAUGACGGUGUGAGCAGAUUUCGUUAGCCAGCAAUGUGUUGUUAUGUGUGGUACUAGUGCCUUGCUAACGAAUUCAUUCGACUUUGAAAUCAGGGAUACAAUAUAUACGAACAACAUUGAAUCCGGGAUCGUGACAUGAUGUAGACGAGCUACAGAACACGCCUCGGGACUGCAAUGAGUGACUGAAAUCAAGAGAAAGGCAACAAGAGUUUUCUUCUUAGGUUAGAUAACCGUUAGCUGGCUGGCGCUAAGUUAGGGUUUACGUAAACACCGGCCAUUUAGUCGGUAAUGUUAAUGGUAUCGGGUCUUAUAUAAAAACCGACACAUUGAGUGAAGUGGACGUCGAGUGGCCGUUUUUUCGAAAAUUAAGGACAUUCUUUCUGGAGGAAAUGGGGAAGGCAGAUAGUGACUGUAUUUGAAACGAUCGGGCUCACCGGGUGAAGUAGAGCAACGUUACAUAGCUACGCGAAUGUGUUGCGAAACAAAACUCUAACGUUAGACCUUCAAGAAUACCAGUUUGAAGCUAGGGUGUACCAGGAUAGGUUAGAUAAGUAAGUCAGCCGGCUCAGUAGAUAUAUAUUUUCAUGAUAGUACAUAUUGAAAGGAAAUGUUGGGACUGGUAAAGGAUAACGUUUCACAACUACAGAAACUAGGCUAUCGUUACCUGAGGACUUCUUGGCGGAGCAUCAUAGUUACGGAAGCGAUUAUGGUCUAUAUUGGUUAUGAAACAUGUCUAGGGUAUUAAUCAGCAUACAACAGUCACUUUAAGUGGGGCUUCUGUAGCCGUUGUCUGCUCCACUUAAUUUUGGCAGUUUGGACAAUCUGACUUUUGUAAUGUUUAAGGGCAGGGCCUACUUUUGCGGUGGGUUCGUUUUAUAAUUUUACUGGGACAUGGGAGGCGCUCUUCGUGUUAGCAAGAAGCUUGUGUAACACUGCUAGAUAGAUAGCUGUGUAAUUUAACCCACAUUUUGCUGCCAAUUACACAACGAUGGACGCGGGAAUACAAAACCACACGGAACAUUUCGUUCAUGACAUAUCGAACCCUAACGCACAGGGUUUAUGUCCUGAAAUGCUUGAGGUUGCAGAGGAAGCUUGUCGGGCUGGAGAUUUCGACCUUGCUGUGGAGAUCUACAGCUCUCAGCUGGCAGAUCUACACCAGCCUGACCGGGGACUGUGUUUACGCAAAGCGGACGCGUUAGCUCGAGCUGGUCGGAUAGGGGACGCUUUGGACUCAUAUCGUGUAGCAGCAAACAUUCAGAGGCUUUUGCCUGAUGAACUCGGACUUUUGGUUGAAAGUAUUGCGCGGACUAUUCGCGGAAAGGAGUUGAGCGACCCCAAAACUGAGACCAUUGUCAACGGAAGACAAACGUCUCACGACUCAAAAACAAGUGGCAGGUCUAACAACGGGUGCACGGGCGCUGACAGAGAUGGAUCGGAGGAAGAUGAAUGUUUGGACUUAUUUAGUUGUAAACUUUGCAAGUGUCUGUUAUCCGAACCAACUACAUUAGAAUGUGGCCAUACAUUUUGCAAGCGGUGCCUGGAAGACACUGAAGCAAAGGAGUGCAGCAGUUGUCAUUCCCAAAUAAACAAAACACACGGCGAGAAUCGUAUUCAUGGAUUUAAUGGAGUCAAUGUUGUACUCAGCAGUCUUUUGGAUAAAUGGUUUGAAUCGGAAAGCAAAUCCAGACGACUUUGGUUGGAAGCAGACGGAAUGUGGAAGAAACAUGACCUGGCCAACGCAUUGGAAAAGUUCAAUAAAGCUGUGGAAAUAGCGCCCUCUAUCUGCAGGCUGCUGGGACGGCGCGCUGAAUUGCACAUGGAAAUGAGGAAUUUCAGCCAAGCCAUCCAGGACGCGGACAGCGUGUGCCGACUGAAACCUCAGUGCCCCAAAGCCCACUAUACAAAGGCGAAGGCUCUGAGUGCAGCUGGAAGGGCAGAGGAGGCACUGCAGCAGUAUUUCUACUGCGUGGCCCUUAAGCCAGGCUGGAGCGUGGUCAAGCUCGAAGCACAGAAGGUCCUGGGUGAGCUCUUCUCGUCAGUGUUUGAGGAGGAUGGUCUCUCUGCCCCGUUGCCCUCAAGGCAGAGUGGACCGUCGUCUCGUCUGAAGCCCUCUUCCCUGGUCAACUCGCUGCCCCCCUCCUUCGGCGCACCGGGAUGCUCCAAGGACGCCAGUGCCAGCAUGUCCAAAAGCAGCGGGGGCAGUGAGAGCACCAGCUCUGGCAGCUCCUCUCUGGCCAUCCCCAAACCCGAUGGCCUGUUUGAGAACCCUAAGAGCCGGACGGCGGUGCUGUCCGCCCUGCCCGUGCCCUCCACACUCAAGAGGAAGGGGUCCGGGGAGCUCAGCCCAGCGCCCCCUUGCAAACUCCAUCGGCCCGCAGAUUGUCCCAGUUCGUCAGCAGCCCUGCGCGUGUUUCCAGGUGUGAGGCAGGUGCCUAUGGACCUCCUAGACAGUGGAGAUUUGGAGUGCUCUCUGUGUAUGAGGCUGUUCUAUGAACCGGUCACCACCCCCUGUGGACACACCUUCUGCCUCAAGUGUCUGGAGCGCUGCAUGGAUCACAAUCCCAACUGCCCGCUCUGCAAAGAGAAUCUGUCUGAGUACUUGGCCAGUAGGGGGUACAGUAAGACCUUCCUAAUGGAGGAGGUGCUGCAGCGCUACCUGGCAGAGGAGCUGGCCGAGAGGAAAAAAGUCCAUGAAGAGGAGAUGAAGGAGCUCUCCAACUUGAACCAGGAAGUGCCCAUCUUCAUCUGCACCAUGGCAUUUCCCACAAUCCCCUGCCCCCUGCACGUGUUCGAGCCGCGCUACCGCCUCAUGAUCCGACGCUCCAUGGAGACUGGCACCAAGCAGUUCGGCAUGUGCAUUGCAGAUGAUGUGAAAGGGUUUGCAGACUACGGCUGCAUGCUGGAGGUGAAGGACGUGAAGUUCUUCCCCGACGGGCGCUCGGUGGUGGACACGGUGGGCGCGGCCCGCUUCAAAGUCCUCAGCCACGGACAGAGGGAUGGCUACCACACCGCCAAGAUCGACUACCUGGAGGACAGGAAGGUGGAGGGUGAGGAGCUGGCGGAGCUGGUGAAGCUGCACGACUCCGUGUACGAUCAGGCCACGGCCUGGUUCACGUCCCUCAGAGACAACAUGAAGAGUCAGAUCCUCAGCCACUUCGGACACCUGCCCGUCAAAGACCCCGAUCCACAGGGCAACCCCAAUGGGCCGGCAUGGUGCUGGUGGCUGCUGGCUGUGCUUCCGCUGGAGAACCGGGCCCAGCUCACCAUCCUGGCCAUGACCUCGCUCAAGGACCGCCUCAUCGCUAUCCGCAGGGUCCUCAUCUUUGUCACACGCAAACGCCCGCGGUAACCUCUGCCCCUCACCCCACUCCACCAACCCCCACCCCGCCCCUGAACUUUGGCAUCAUCACAUCCAGCACGUGGGCAAGUUAGGUUCUCGCAGCGCCUGCUUUCCCUGUAGGAGAAUGAAGUUAUGGCACCGUAGCAGCUGAAGUGAGCGAAAGAGCCGCACAAUAUAAACGCUUCCUGUCGUCUGUAUCUGAGUGCGGUUCCAUCAGUCUAAGCUUAGUAAUCUGGCUGUACGCUCAUCUUCCUCUUCCUCUUCCUGUCAUACGCACACACACUGGUUCGCCCUGUACUGAAGCUCCUGUACCUCACAAAGGGGCGGCUUUUUUACUCUCUGAUGGAACAGUUGACCUCUGUGGACGUCUGGUCACCGUGUUCAAUGGCAAAGUGGGAGCUCUCAACCUCAAAAGCUCCUGCUCUGCUGUAGUAGUAAACCAGAAGGAUCUGUAGCCCUGCCCCAGAUAUGUUCCCCUGUAACUUAACUUGUACCCGAGCCUGAUCAUGUGGACACACAAGACCUCGAUUUUAGAGUAGCCAUUGUUGGACUUGAUGAAGCUUCUCCCACGUCAUGGCAGCAUCUAUACAAGUGCACAACGCCCUGGUAGUUCAUAGCCAAUCGAAACGCUUCCUUUUUCUCCUGAAUGACUUCAUUCCGUUUCUCUGCAGCUUUAAUUGACAGUCUUAAAACAUGAAGUGAACUUGUGUUGAAACCACUCAUCUGGUUCUGGUUUUGGGAUGAGAGGAGCCGUUAUUUUUACCUGGUUGGAUGGAGACCGCUCCUCUGCACAGUGUACAUACCAGAGGAACACUCUGAAUGUAAUUGGACUUAGUUCUCUGUGGCUCAUUGCUUCACACGCAUAUCUAUGCUCUCUGCUAAAUGCACAUGAGAUAGAUAAGCUAGAGGGGGCCACCCAACACCCCUGAACACUCCUGUUCUUUACACCUCAUUUGGAAAACCAACACUUAUCCUUCACACUACAGUAGUCCCUAGAAACUGAGUGGGUUUAUACUCGACGCCACUGAGAGAGAAAAAAAAAUCAGAGGCCUUAAAGUUAUCAUGACCUACCUUUUUAACUCGAAUAAGUAGCAAACAUUCAAGUAUGGGGUGACCUAAUGUACCUAUGUUGUCUCCACCCUUAAGUAAGAUUAGUGUAAGUUGAGUGGUUUUGUUAGUGCAGUCUCUCGGUGUAUGGACCCUGUGUGCGUCAGAGCUUUGUCAAUGCGUGGAAGUCACUUUCUUUUGUGUGUGUGUGUGUGUGAUUGAUCUAAAUCCAUGUGUGCUGUAGUUUACGUAUAUGUCUGUUUUGGUUUGCCAGUUGUUUGUGAUUGGAUUGAUGUACAAUUGGAGGCCUUUGCUCUUUUGUUUGUUAAAUAUUUUUCUACAGUGUACUUAUUCUGUUUGUGAUUGUGCAUGAUUUAAUCUUCGUGUUCCAUCAACCCUCGUGUGUUUAGGGAUGGUACACAAGUGUUCAUCAACCCUCGUGUGUUUAGGGAUGGUACACAAAUGCUGCAUUUUUUUCAUCCAAGUUUGUACAUUUAAGAUAUGAUGAAAAUAAAGUUAUUUUGUAUUUGAGAUGAAA